AUGGGUCUCAGGCAGCUGACAGCUUCGCCGACACGGGACAGCCACAGCCAAGACAGCAGGCCUGUAUGGGCGUGGGUGGCCUUGGCGACCUGUAUCUCAGGCGCGAUGCUCCACCGCGGCGGAACGCGGCAACAGAGCGGAAGCUUCUCGCGCAGAGACGCGAUUCUGGCAAGCGGCACCUCAUUGAUUGCACCCCAGGCUGCCUUCGCUCAGUACCAGAUGGAGGACCGCCUCGCUUAUUUCCGUGAGAAGGCACGGGUCCUGAACUUCGCGGCCGACUGGUACAUGUUUGACGUCAAGCCUUUGGUCCACCCGACCGAGAACCUGGUUAGUGAAGAGAUGUGCAAGGAGAUGGGCGCUGCCUGCCCAGAUGCUCGUUCCCUCGCCAGCCUUCGCGAGAUGUACAAAGGCAAUGUGAGCCAGAAUGCCGGUGCUGGUGCCUCCAUUACAGUCUUCGAACGGAAUAUCCUUUAUCCCAUGAAGGACGUGUCCCUGAGCAAUGCCGUGGAUCCAGAUACAUCCGAGGAGCUGCAGCAGAUUUUCCAGAAGUUCGAAAUUAACCAGUAUCAGCUGGGGAAGGCUGCACGUGAGGACAACAUUACCACCGCGCGCCAAAAGUUCGACGAGGGAAGGCUGUUGAUGAACCAGUUCUUCACGAAGGCAAGCACGGACGUUGGCAUUCCAGGGUUGGGGGAUUCCGAAGCCAGUGACACGCUUUCUUGUGACUCUGUGACUGUUGCUGCUGCAGAUGUUGAGGCUUUUGCCCACUACUCUCACGUUGGUUCUUGCUCCUACGUAGUAUUACGGCCAUAA